AUGUCCCGAUCUCAGGGAACAGUGGCACCACCUCAAAAUGACAAUAGACAAGGGGCAAGGGACCCGAGGAGAGGGAGGCCUCAAUUUGAUCCAAUUCCUGUAACCUAUAAGGAAUUAUUUCGCGAUUUAUACGAUCGAUAUCUAGUCUCUCCUUAUCAUGUGGUACCUAUACAACCUCCUUAUCCCAAAUGGUAUGAUGCUAAUGUUAAGUGUGAUUACCAUGGUGGGAAUCCUGGACAUUCCAUUGAAAAUUGCACUGCAUUCAAAAAGGUCGUUCAAGCUUUGAGAAGGAGAAAUGUUAUCAAUUUUGGUGACAGUGAACAACCAAAGGUAGCCCAAAAUCCAUUGCCAAACCAUGCUAGAGCUGGGAUUAACGCAGUCGCUGAAGAGAAAGGAAAGAGGAUGGUUAUGGAUGUUAGUGAGGUGGAAUCACCCAUGCUUUGGGUAUGGUGCCAAAUGGUUAAAGUGGGAUUGUUGAAGCCUAGUCUAUCAUGUGACCAGUAUAGUAGUGAAGAGAAAGAAAUCGAAUUCUUCAAAGAAGUGACUAAAAAAGAAAAAGCAGAGAUUUGCGCUUCUGAAGGAUCAUCCAAAGGGAUACAUAGUGUUGGUUGUCCCAUCGUCAUUACUCCCAAGAAUCAAGUGAAUGAAAGGGUAGCUCCUUCAACUCUGUUCCCAUACAAAGAUAAUAAACAAGUGCCCUGGAGGUAUGAUUGUCAAAUGAGAGAGGGGGCAAAACAACAAGAAGAAAUAAAUGAAGUAGGGCACUUGACCAGAAGUGGUAGGUUUUUUUUCAAAGAGCCAGAGAAGAAGAUUGCUGCUGAAAAAGGAAAGAUUGUCGAUGUUCAGAUAAAAGAAGAUGAACUCAUUAUCAAUGAACUGGGGUCGAAGGUUGAAACAGUGGAAUUCUUAAAAAUUUUGAAACAUAAGGCUCAUCGCAACGUCUUGAUAAAAGUUUUGGACCAGACCUUUGUCUCGAAGGAGUUACCCACAGAAAAGCUGGAGCGACUAGUUGCCAAAAUGCAGGCUGAUAACAUUGUAUCUUUUUCAAAGGAUGAGAUCCCUUCGGGGAUGAUUGACAAUCAUAAGGCUCUACACAUUACAGUUAGGUGCAAAGGGCACGUUUUAUCCAGAGUACUUAUAAGCGAUGGUUCAGCGUUAAAUGUAAUCCCCUUGGUGACUCUAAAAAAGCUGCCAGUGGACAGUACCCUGAUGAGGAAUUGUCAAAGUAUGGUUCGAUCUUUUGAUGGAACAGAAAGAGAAGUGUUAGGUAAGAUUGAUAUUCCUUUGACUAUUGGUCCAGCGACAUUUGAAGUGGAGUUUCUUGUGAUGGACAUCAAGCCUACAUACAACUGCUUAUUGGGAAGACACUGGAUUCAUCAGGCUGGGGCAGUUUCAUCAACUUUACACCAGAGGCUAAAGUUCGUAUUUAAUGGAAGGCUGGUAUGCAUUCAUGCGGAAGAAGACAUUAUUGCUUCAGUUCCUGCAGCCCCAUAUCUUGAAGUGGAAGAACAAGCUGUUGAAUGUCUUUUCAGAUCGUUUGACAAUGCCACGUUUGUGGCCGAAGGCAAGAAAAUCUCAGAGCCUAGAUCGUCAUACUGCACCAAAACGGGGCACAAACUGACCCUUGGAAGAGGGACCAAAGGUAGCCAAGGGCUAGGACGUCAGUUGCAAGGACCAGUUGGGCCAAAUUACCCUAUUGCUAAAAGAGACAGGUUUGGUUUAGGGUAUCAACCAACUUUGAAGGAAAAACAGAAGGGCAUCAAGAGGAAUCAGGAAUUGAGAGAGGCAAGAUUGACUGGUGAAGACCCAAGUUGGGGACCCAUGACCUUCCCGCCAUUGAGCAGCAUUUUCACAUCAGCAGGGCAUGUGUUUCAAAGGACUUCAAGAAGUGGUAAAGUGAUGAUUGAGAAUGCCUUGGAGGAUUUUGGCAUUAAUGUUGUAACUAAUGAGGAGUUUGAAGGAAUGAGAGCUACAGGCUCCAACAUGGAAUACACUAUAAUCGACGUUUCUGAUGUUGGGUAUUUGCCUUGCUGUUAUGUCGGAUCAGAUGGCUUAUUUGGUACACUGGGGAUUGCUGCUGCUAUUGGAUUAGGCUUAUUGCUUUUUCAAAGGUUAGGUGAAGCAGUUGACAGGACACUACUUAACCAUCUUUUGAAGAUGUUUAGUACUUUGGACAUUUACUCGAAAAGUUUUUAG